AUGGACGCAGGUAAGGCCCCCGGGCUCUACAGUUCUGUUUUGAAUUCCGUCAUUUCAGGAAAACCAAAGAUCUAUCAAGGUGUCCGAGUCAAGAUUACCGUGAAGGAGCUUCUGCAGCAGAGGAGAGCCAAGCAGGCCGUGGUUGAUGACCCCGUUUCCGGAGAAGGCAGUGGCAGUGUCCAGUUCACGGAGACUUUGUCCCCUCCCUGUGCAGCUCCGUACGUAGAAGCAGAACUUCAGUCUCCAUCGUCUGUCUGUUUACCACCUUGGCAGUUCCAGAACUGCACUUCCUGUGAGGAGAUCCCCAGCUACCUGGAGCAGCUUGUAGACUCCUGCCUUCAGCCUGAGCCGCCUUUGGAGGCCUCUUUGGGUGUCGCUCAGGCUCCCUUGCCCUGUUCCUCUGGCAGUUUCCAGCCAGGCGCUCCAUGCCUCAACCAAAGCCUGGGUCCUGUAUCCCCGGAUUCUUCUGAUCCCUCCAGCUCAUUCGAUUACAGCUACUCCCCGCCACAGCUGCUUCCUUUUGCACCACUCAGUUACAGCUCCCCUUCUCCUCUGGAGGCCAAGAGCUGCAUGUACCCACCGUCGGAAGGAAGCCCCUACCAGCAACACACCCAUGUACAGUACAACCCUGCCCCGUCCACAUGCUGCUGCACGUCCUGCGGUUCUCAGCACUUGGACACUUUCAGAGUACAGGAAUAUUUCCCCUAUGCAACCGUGGACUGCAAAGACUACGCCCCUUCUGUCUCCAUGGCAGAUGACUUCUUCCGGAGGGACAGGAGCUGGGACACGUGCUACAGUUAACGGGGAAGCAUCAGUCCGCUGAUGUAGACACAGGGGAUCAGUAGACUGU